AUGGUUUUGUCGGUGACAGAAAGCUCUUACAUAUAUGAUUCAUUAGUGAGUUCAAACCCAACUAGACCGGACUCAAGAAAACCGAACCAAUAUAGGCCCUUAAAGGCUAAUUGCGGAUUCUUACCCAAUUCCAAUGGUUCUUCUCGUAUAUUCAAUGCAGAUAGUACUGAGUGUAUAACAAGUGUGAAAGCAAAGGUUGUCAGGAAUUGUAAAAAAUCUGAUUUGAUCAAUGUUGAAAUUGAUAUUUACGGUGAAAGAGAUAGCAGUACAUUAACUCAACAUUUGACAACCAUGAUUAAACAAUCUCUAAAUGACAGUUUUGAUUAUAGUGUACUGAAACUAACUAAUAAGUACUAUUUCCAGUUAUACAUCGACGUCUCGGUGCUGUAUCUUCCAGAAGACUUCAACUAUUCCUCAUACACCCUUUAUUCUAUUCUAUCCUUAAUAUCAAUGGGAGUAUAUCUUGCAUUAAAGUCGGCCAAACUGCCAUUGUUGGUAUCCGAGAAGGAAGAUUUUGAAGUCGAAGAAGAACCUACGUUUUCUGAUGAUUGGGAGGCUUCAACUUAUUUGAUCCCAAGAGAUCCUUCGAAAUCCUUUCAACCUGCGUUAGCGUUUGUGGUCGGUGCAGUAGGAAACACAGUUAUCAUAGAUCCUUCUUUGGAGGAAGAGCAAAUAAUAGAACACGGUAUUGGUAUUACUUGGUCUAAUGAUAGGAUAACAACACCAAUACAAUCACUCACGUUAUCGAGUUCUAACACAAAAGGGCUGAAACCAGCAUUGAUUUUUAAAGCAAUAGAAGUCGUUAGAAAUGUUGCCAAGGAUGUUGUGAAUGCUUUGAAUGCAAUAUCCGAACAACAGGUUGAUGUAUUAGAUACUGCUUUUUAG